AUGGCUGUGGCUUCGGUGUCCAAAGUAUAUCCGUAUGUUUUGCAGGAAAAACCCCAGGAGUUCUGGGACUACGAGAACAUUAACAUUAAGUGGAACUCACAGGACCAGUAUGAGGUCAUUAAGAAGCUCGGCAGGGGAAAGUACUCCGAGGUGUUUUUGGGCGUGGAUUUGACCAGUGGGGCCAAGUGCGUGAUUAAAGUGUUGAAGCCCGUUAAGCGCAAGAAAAUCAAGCGCGAGAUCCUGAUCUUAAAAAACUUGGUGGGGGGCCCCAACAUCGUCGGGUUGCUUGAUGUGGUCAGGGAGCCGCAGCUGAAAACGCCGGGGCUCAUUUUCGAGCACGUGGACAACGUCGAUUUCCGCGUCAUGUAUCCGACGUUCACGGACUCGGACAUCCGUUUCUACAUGUACGAGCUUCUCAAGGCGCUCGACUACUCCCACUCGAUGGGCAUCAUGCAUAGAGACGUCAAGCCUCAUAAUGUGAUGAUCGACCACGAGCAGAAAAAGUUGCGUCUCAUUGACUGGGGCUUGGCCGAGUACUACCAUGCGGGCACAGAGUACAAUGUGCGUGUGGCGUCGCGGUAUUUCAAGGGCCCCGAGCUUCUUGUGGAUUAUAGGUUCUAUGACUACUCGCUUGAUAUGUGGUCUUUUGGGUGCAUGCUUGCGUCCAUCGUGUUCAAAAAGGAGCCGUUCUUCCACGGCAAGUCCAACACAGACCAGUUGGUGCAAAUUGUCCGUGUUUUGGGUUCUGACGACCUCCAUGCGUAUCUUGCCAAAUACAACUUGACUUUGAGUGACGAGUACGAGGACUUGGGCUACUACACCCGCCGGUCCUGGCAGCGGUUCAUCAACGAAAAAAACGAGCAUUUAGUCAGCCCUGAGCUCCUCGACUUUAUCGACAAUCUCUUAAAAUACGACCACCAGCAGCGGCUCACGGCCAAGGAGGCCAUGGCUCACGCGUAUUUCGACCCAGUGAGGAACCCCUAG